AAUACUAAUCCGUAUAUAUGUUUUAUACCCUGUUGUAAAUGGACUAGAUCGAUUUUAGCAACAAUGCUGUAUAUGUCUUUAUAGAGACGCGUUGACAAUUGCCGAGCAAUUCGCGUGUUUUCAAAUACAAGAUAGAUUUCUCACGGCACAGUAAUUUGUUUAACGUAAUCUCUAAUCUUUUAACUGUAAGACGUCAGUUAAAAGGACUCGGUAUUGAUACAAUUGACAUUUUCAGCUCGGAUAUUGAUAUACAUAAUAUUGAGAAAAUGUAGCGGGAUUAUACGUAAUUGAAUGUUGAUUAUAUAAUUGAAAAACUCGUUAAAGAAGAUAUAUAUUUGCAAUGGAAAAUUUAUGUUUUGUGACAAUUUUAGUUUAUGGAUUUUUAACUAACUUAGUGAAUACUGCAACCGCAGAAGAACCGUGCUAUGGGUGCCAGCUUUUUAAUGUUAGAGAUAAGGAACAGAAAUCACGCAGAGCGAUAGCUAGCGAGUGUCCAAGAGUUUGUGAUUGCCCACAGAAACAGCUAAAUUGUGAAUAUGGUGUACCACGUGUGAUAGAUGGAUGUGGCUGUUGUCACAUGUGUGCACGACAGUACGGUGACACGUGUAGUGCUGUAGACAGGUGUGACACAGAUAAAGGAUUAUACUGCGAUCUAUUACCUAAUGCGCAGCAUGGCAUUUGUAAAGCUAAUACUCCAAAGGGUUGUGUGAUCAAUGGUAAAACAUACAAUGAUGGUGACACGUUUUAUCUGAACGAUAACUGUAGAAAUCGUUGCACUUGUCAAAAUGGACAUUACGGUUGCGUUGACUUAUGUCCACAAGAAUACCGGAAGCCGUCUAUGAUAUUUUGCCCCAAUGCUGAGUUGAUGGCUGUGAGAGGACAAUGUUGUAAGGAAUGGAGCUGUUUGAAACCAAAUAAAACAGAGUCUAACAAAAUACCAAGACAUAUUGCAAACAAUUACAAACUACGUCCGCAAAAUAAUCCCACUUGGGUUGAAGAAUCUAAACAAUUAAAUGAAGUUAUACAGACUAGUGUCACCGACUGUUCAUUAAACGAAACAAAAUGGAGCCAAUGUUCAGUCACAUGUGGUGUAGGAAUAUCUGUUCGUAUGGCACCAAAGCACUGCAGGCGGAAGGAAGAUACGAGGUUGUGUUAUUUACGUCCAUGUGGGACAGUAUUAUAUAGUAAUGAUCGAAAGAAAAAGUGUACUCCGACAACACGGAUAACAAAGAAAGAACGAAUUUCUUACAAAGACUGUCACAGUGUACGGGCGUACAGAUUGAAGUUUUGUACUAAUUGUAAAGAAAAACAAUGUUGUUAUCCGAAAAGAACAAAGACCAGAGAAAUUGAGUUUCUCUGUAACGAUGGACGUUAUGAAUACUUUAAGUAUGCGUGGAUCAAAAGAUGUAAAUGUAGUAAGAGAUGUAAAAUUUAACUAACACGUUCGACGUCUGAAAUGUAUUGAAAUGGAUAUUUAAGUAGUUUUAUGUAUUACCUGGUUGUUUGAUAUAUGUGAUCAUAGAAGAAGUGUGGUGUUCAAAGUAAAAUAUGUAUUAUUAUCACAACACCUUUUUUGUGCAAUAUACAUGUACAAUGAUGGUUUAAAAAUAUAGCAAAGUAACAGGAUUUUCUCUAUAGUAUGGAAAAUUAUUACUGAAGGAUUCUUUUUCGGUCGAAAAUAAAAAUGUAAAUUAGUUCGAUUUUCUUUUAUUAUUUUUACAUUUUGAUCAUGAAAUUCGAAAUUACAUUCAACUGGACACUACAAGCCUUAUUCUAUUUUCAAUUUGAAAUUCUUAUAGAUUAUCAGGCUAUAUAGACUUUCAAAUGAUAAGCAGUUGCAAAUUUACUGUUAUUCAUCUUUUAACGUGUAUUAUAUAAGAAAAGAUAAAGGAAAUAUUGAUAUGUACAUAUAGAUUCGUCGAGACUAAAAAAAAUGUUGUUUUUAUAUAUGUGUCAUUAGCUUGCAUAUCAUGUACAUAUAUUAUAUUUUAUACUAUUAUAGUUAUAACUCUUGAUGAUAAACAUAUCAAGUUGUAUUGUAAAUUUGUGUAUUAUAUGCUUCGGCAACAUUGGUUGUGGUAUGUGUUGCAUGUUUGUGUUGUUUGUUUUAUCUGAAUAAACGAAACGAAAAAAUACUUAAACAUGAUCUGACAUGCAACGUGUAUAUUCAUAAUUGCAAAUACCAUUCAGUGUUGUUAUUGAUUUAAUUAUAAAAAGAUAUUAUUUUUC